AUGUCAAAGCUGAAUGAAGCCUGGCUAUUACUGGACAUGCAAAAGGUCCACAAGAUCACCUAUUGUGACAGUAUGGGAAGCACAAAAUCCAAGACUGGCUAUACAAACAGCCCGCAACUCAUGAGGAUCAUCAGACUCAUCAUCGCGCAGCUGCCCUCGGAGUCAUGGGCUUGUGAGCCUGUUUUCCCCAAGAACGAGAAAGAAUUGAAGGCACUUCAAGAUAGUGAUGGUGAGGAGUGCAGUCGCUGGAAUAGAAGUGAGGGAGAGAAAGGUCACGACGACGAGGAAGAAGGCGGAGAUGAUGGAUGGUGCACGAAAGGACGUGAGUAUCUCUUUGAGUAUCCAGAGGAGUUGCGGCUUGCAUACGAAACAUUUGCACUCGAAGCGCUCAAGGCCUUGGACGAAAAGGAACAGAGAAAAGAAAAGAAGUCGCCCAAAGCAUUGGCAAAGCGAAAAAAGUACAACUGGCUCAUCAUACGAUACGAAUAUCCCAACGACGAAGAGGGCAAGACGUUCAUCAAAUAUCUGACAGCAAAUCGAGGCAAUAAUUCCCAAAAGGUUCUGAAGGACUGGCAAAAGAGAUUGCUACAAUCGGAAGUGGCAAGGGGCGCUGGAGUGCACUGGGGUAGGGAGCGGAUGACCCGUAACUUGUAUAUGAUCUUCAAAGAGGCUAGGGAGGGUAAGGAGGGCAGCGAUGAGUCUUUGAAGCAUAUGCUGGAUGUGUUUAUGGGGAAGAGAUGA